UUGUGAUGGGUUCUAUGGACUGUAAAGACGUUGAAGAUGAUGAGUCGGCAGCUGACUCGCUGUGGUUCACCAAGCCUGACACUGUGUUCUCACAACUCAUCUGUCACCAGAGACCAGAAGCUGAAUCAUCCACAUGUAUGGACACAAAUGGCGAACAAGAUGAUUUCACAGCUCACAAUGUCUCACAGCCCCAAUUAGCUGGAGGAGUUCGUGCCAUGGGAUGUGAAAGACUGUUUGAACUGCAGAAAAUCAUGUUAAAAAAGAUUCGUUUCUCCUGUUCGGCUGGUGGGUUCUUUGGCUUCCAGCACGGAACAGAGUGUGAAAGUGAUCUGUGUAUAUGUUCUCCAACUGGCACUGGAAAGACUCUGGCGUACAUGCUCCCUGUCCUGGACACCCUUGUCAACCUUAAUGGGGCUUACAUGAUGGGCCAUCCAAAAAUACUGGUGUUGGCUCCAACUAAAGACCUGGUCGACCAAAUUUUCGCAGUCUGUUCGACAUUAACCUCAAAACUGGGCGUGAGUGUAGUGAAGAUUGGCAGCAGUAAUGUGUCCUUGAAAGAGGAGGCCUCCUCUUUAGUAGAACAGUGUCCACUCUCUCAAUCACUCCACCCAACUGCGGAUAUUGUGGUCGCAACUCCUGGCAGACUCGCAGAGCAUCUCAAAACAACUGAAGGCUUUUCUCUGAAGUACUUGCGUUUUCUCAUCAUUGACGAAGCAGAUGCGCUGUUCAACAUGCACCCUUUCGAUUGGCUCACGCAAAUUGAGACUUCGAUUCAUUGUGGCGAUCCGGCGGUGCCUCGAAUCGAUCCCAGGAACCGGAAGCUCAAAGACCUUCUGAGAAACGACUGGGUUCCAAUGCAGAAGAUUCUAGUCUCCGCAACCUUUCCGACAUCGACAGAAGUUCUGCAACCUUUUCAAUUGCAUAAACCGAAACUUAUCGUCUCUGAAAACAUUUUCAAAAGUAGCCAAACUAUGCUUUCAAGUGGUGGAAAUUUGAUGUUCAUUCCGAGUAACAUUUCGGUCAAGUAUAUAAUUUGUGAAGAAAUGGAUAAGCCGCUUAUUUUUCUCUAUUUCCUGAUGGAACUGAAAUUGAGUCGUUUUCUUUGCUUCACAAAAGGAUGCAAAACUGCAGAAAAGUUGUUUUCGCUCUUCAACUUGAUGAGCAGAGAUGCCAACGUAUGUUUUCUAUCCAAAGCGAAACCAAAUCAACACGCAAGUUUGCUCAAGAAAUUCUCCAAGGGCGAAAUUAAUGGCGUGAUUUCGAAUGAUGUGUUGGCGCGUGGCAUUGACUUGAGCUUUGACUCGGUUUUGAUCUACGACCACAAUUCAGACCCAAACACAUUUGUCCACCGAGUCGGAAGGUGUGGUCGGGCAGGUAGAAAUGGCACUGCUGUCUCAAUUGUGACUCCCUACGAGAUAGAUUCAUUUCUCCACAUGACCUCAUCUCAAUUGGGUCUAAAUGGAGGAAGUGGAGGGGGGCCAAGGGUGGAGAAUGUCUCAGCCGAUGAUGUCAACAUAGCCCAGAUGAAACCACAGUACAUGGCCAGUCUGAAGAAACUGAAGACGGAAGCAAGGAGCAGACAUUUCAAACGAAACUGAAACACGACAACUUUGCGCAAAACUAUUAUUUUGUUUCAUUGCGUGAUAUUUUGAAGUUUAGGGUCAACUUUGUAUACAACGAGGAAUUUUGCGUGGAAAACUCCCAAUAUCUCUGUAAUAAGUUUGCACUUACGAAAGGUGUUCUGGCUUCUAAAGUAAACUAUGUUUCGAACAAAAUCAUUGAAUCAUUUGGUUGUUUUGUUUUUUUUUUGUUGCAAAAGCGGUUGAAUCUUGAUGUUAAUUACCUUUUUCUUUUUACUAUUUAUAUAGCGCUGAUUUGAAAGAUUCAAGACC